ACACGAAGCACUCGUUCAUGAAAAUGUACAGUUCGAUGAUCCGCUGAAAUAACUGUUAAGCCCACGUUAGCUCUGCGAAAUUACUACUCAAUUAAUGAAAAACGACGCAGAAAGUCGGUUUUCAAUUGACAAAAAUCUGUAAUCGGUGUAAUUACAAAAAUAUAGUGGUUUUGGGUGCAGAUUAAAGAUGAUGAAGAUCUCGAAAAACGUGUGCAGGGCUUGUAUGGACGAGACCGCCACCCUGGUGGAUCUCUUCGCCGAAAUCCGGGAUCCGACAAUGGACGAGCCGGAGAUGAGGCUCUCGCACAUGCUGGCCCAGUGCACCAAUCGCCCAGUGGAACGCGGCGACCUCCUGCCGCAGUACAUAUGCCUCUCCUGCGUCAUGGUCGCCCAGAACGCCUUCCGGUUCAAGUGGAAGUGCGAGCGGAGCUACCAGAACUUCAGCGGCCUCCUGAACAAGCAGUGUCGUCUGGAUCAGGAUCCAAACCAAGAAACACAGCUCCAAGAGGAUGUUGCACUGGAUAGUGAUCAGAAAGAGACACCGCAAACGAAGAUCCAAGAGAUCCGUGAAAGUGUCCAAGCGGAAUCUUCUUCCAUUCCAAAUCUUUACAGGCAGCCUACUUCCAAAGAAGGGCAUCAAAAUAAUAUCUCUAAUGCAAAUUUUGUGCACAAACUAGAUCCUGCGAAUGGAACUCAGAAAACCGGAGGUGACCCCAAUCCAAUGCAGUCUGUUAAUACAAGACGUAGGGCCAAUAAGCUCCAAAGACAAGUCCGUUGCGAUGCCAAUGGCAACUACAAGUGCCCGCACUGCCCGAAGAGGUUUUAUUCCCAGACCCAGUUGAGGAGCCACAUCAGUGAACUCUGCCACACAUGCCCCUACUGCCCACGCGCCUACUCAAAUAGGCGCAACUUGAGGCGACAUCUGCUGACCCACGUUAGCAAGCCAAUGCACAAGUGUCCGCACUGCUCCAAGGCCUUUAUGCGAAGUGAUCACCUUAAGAAGCACCUUCUUCACACGCACGACUUUGAGGGCCCGCUCUCCUGCAGCGAGUGCUCGGCCGUAUUUAUCGAAGGAAUCCAUCUGGAAAUCCAUCAGAGGGAACACCUACCAAAGGAGUUGUCCCUAGAAUCCGAUUCUGACGUCAAUAGUAGUAGUAAUACAGAAAUACAGAAACCAAAAAAUGGACGGACCAAGAAACCAACAUGCCAUAUCUGCAUUAAAACAUUUUGCAGUAAUUCCAGCCUCAAACGGCAUAUGAUUAUCCAUAACCGUGAACUCGUCUCACGAUGA